CGCGGAAGUCUUUUAGAAAGUUUCCCGCCCACCUUCUCGCAGCCAGUUUCUCUUCUACGUUUCUUCGCAUUUAAACCUACAUUACACGAUAUGAGGCGAAACAGGAGCGCCAGGUGUAAACGCAAUAAUGCCACAGGAGAAGAAGAAGACGUUCCCAAAACCACUGCAGUGUGGCAGUGGCAGGGAGACCAGGAUCAGUGGGAACCUUACUCCUCAGCCGAUAGCUCCCUGCUGGACGCCGCUGUCGCCUCAGGACAGACCUCACUGUCUCUUACCGCACCCUCCGGGACCGUCUAUGAUGUGGACCUGAAGAAGAUGAUUCAGACGAACCCUGUCACCAAGUACAAGAGGAAGAUUCGCUGUCAUGUGGUGAAACCAGAAAACGCGGUGGAUGACAGCGGAGAAAUAACUAAAAAUGCCGCGUCAAUUAAAGAGGAAGAGGAGGAGAGUGAAGAUCAGCCUCCUGCCAAGAGGAAACGAGGCAGAGCUAAGAGCCAAGCAACAGCUGACAAACAACCCAAAGAGGAAAUAAAAACAGAAGAGGUGGUGAGGACGGUGGUGAUGAAGGGAAAAGCUCCGGUGGACCCAGAGUGUAAAGCCAAAGUCGGAAAGGCUCAUGUCUACAGCGAGGGCAGUGAUGUUUACGAUGUGAUGUUGAACCAGACGAACCUUCAAUUCAACAACAACAAAUAUUACUUGAUUCAGCUCCUGAAGGAUGACAGCUCCAAGCUCUACAGUGUGUGGAUGAGGUGGGGCAGAGUGGGCAAAGUGGGUCAGAACAGUCUGACGUUGUGCGGUGGCGAUCUGAUGAAGGCCAAAGACCUCUUCAAGAAAAAGUUCCUGGACAAGACCAAGAACGAGUGGGACGACAGGGCUCAGUUUGAGAAGGUGGCUGGAAAGUACGACAUGGUGCAGAUGGACUACAGCGCUCCUGAGAAGGAGGAGAGCCAGGUGGACAGCCCAGUCACCAAAAGAGAGUCAACGCUGCAUGAGAAGGUCCGCUCUCUGCUGGAGCUCAUCUGUGACCUGAAGGCGAUGGAGGAGUGUGUGCUGGAGAUGAAGUUCGACACCCGCAAAGCUCCUCUUGGCAAGCUGACGACAGAGCAGAUCCGCGCUGGCUACACGGCGCUGCAGAGGAUCGAGUCCUGUCUGAAGAAGAAGGGCAGCAACAAAGAGCUGCUGGAGGCCUGCAACCAGUUCUACACCCGCAUCCCUCAUGACUUCGGCUUGAGGACUCCUCCGCUGAUUCGCACUGAAGACGAGCUGAAGGAGAAAAUCUCUCUGCUUGAGGCACUGAGCGACAUCCAGAUCGCGGUGAAGAUGGUCCAGUCCGGCAAAGACGACGGCGAACAUCCUCUGGACCAACAGUACCGAGCGCUCCGCUGUCAACUGGACCCACUGGACUCCAGCAGCCACGAGUACCAGGUACUGGAGCGGUACCUUCAGUCCACUCACGCUCCGACCCACUCGGACUACACCAUGACGAUUCUGGACAUUUUCUCGGUGGACCGCGAUGGAGAGCGUGGCAGCUUCCUGUCGGACAUACACAACAGAGCUCUGUUGUGGCAUGGGUCCCGCAUGUCCAACUGGGUCGGAAUCCUCAGCCAGGGACUCAGAGUGGCACCACCCGAGGCUCCAGUCACUGGCUACAUGUUUGGCAAAGGGAUCUAUUUUGCCGACAUGUCGUCCAAGAGCGCCAACUACUGUUUCGCUAACAGCAGCGGGAAGGUUGGGCUGCUGCUUCUGUGUGAGGUGGCUCUGGGCGACGCUAAUGAGCUGCUGGACGCCAACUACGAGGCCAACAAACUUCCUGAGGGAAAACACAGCACCAAAGGAGUGGGCCAAACUGGACCGGACCCUGCCAACGCCGUCACCCUCGACGGUGUGACGGUUCCGAUGGGUCCGGGUGUGAAGAGCGGUUCGACCCGAAGCACCGGCUACUCCCUCCUCUACAAUGAGUUCAUCGUCUACAACCCCGCACAGGUCCGCAUGCGGUACCUGCUGAGGAUCCAGUUCAACUACUCGUCGCUCUGGUGAUGUCAUCACUCCGCGCCUCCAGGUAUAGACACCGUGUGGCACUCUUCACUGUCUUUUAUGGAUCUUUGAGGGGAAACAUGCUUCCUUAAAUAGUCAGAACGUAGACAGGAAGUGAUGACGGUUGUUCAAAGACAGGAAACAGGUGUGUUCCAAACCAUCAAUAAAUGUUUUGUACAAAUAUUUCUUGUUUUUCUCCCUCUAUUUAUUCUGUCCGUUAUUUCUCCUUCAAACUUUCAUUUUUUUUGUGUUUCACAGCUUUGUAUAUUCAACUUUGUUGCCACAAACAAAAAAAAUGUUUUCUUUGACUCACUCUCAAUCCAAUUUUUGAGUUUUCCUUUUCUGAACUUAAAUUCCAGGAACAUUUUUCAUUUGUAACUUGAAACCCAUUU